UUGCCCGUCAACAGACGGUGUCGCACCGUCAGUUUCUUCCGCCGCGCCUGAAGGGCGUUCAGUGUUGCGCUGAGAAAACGUGCGUUCCUCUUAUACCCGUUGCUCGUCAACGUUUUCCUUCUUUUUUUUCCCCUUUUCGUUGAAUUUUCUCACCCCUAGACGCGGUGACCGCGUGUGCGCUCCGCAGUGGGAACCGAUCGCGAGAGAGGAACCGUGAAAGAAUGUGAUCCAAGAGAGAGACACGAUCGCCAGCGUCGUUUCAGCCGGUAGUUUCACACACGGUGCAGCGGAGAAGUAAAAUGUGCAAACCAGCCAGGAAGAAACGAUCUUAACGUCGAACCCGACGACGCACGACGUGUACGCUGCUCGACACGGAGAAACAGGUGAAAAAGAAAUCGUGAAGAUGACGAAAAGGUUCGAGUUCAAUUGGCAGAUCGAGGUACCGCUACCGCUGCGUCAAGGAUGCAUGUUCGAUCGUUGGUCAGAGGAAAAGGACAACACGGACCUCGAACUAAAUUGCAUGUUCAAGGUCGAUGAGUAUGGUUUCUUCAUCUACUGGCAAAGCGAAGGAAAAGACGGGGACGUCAUUGAGCUGUGUCAAGUGAGCGACAUUCGCGCCGGUGGAUUACCAAAGGACCCGAAGCUGUACGACAAGCUGCUGACGAAGCACGGCGAGCAAUUAGACGAGAAAAGUUUAACCAUCUGUUCGGGUGUAGAUUACACCAAUAUUAAUUACCAGCACGUCGUUUGCCCGGACCCAGUAACGGCUAAGGUAUGGCUGGAUGGCGUACGAUCGAUUACGCACAACGUGAAAGCCAACAACGUUUGCCCACUUACGUGCUUGAAGAAACAUUGGAUGCGGCUCAGAAUGCUGGUCGAUCCGAAUGGAAAAGUUCCGGUGAAAGUGGUCGCGAGAACUUUCGCGUCCGGGAAAACGGAGAAGCUCGUCUAUCAGUGCCUCGCCGACUUAGGCCUACCUAGCGGAAAGAACGACGUGAUCGAGCCAGACGACUUCACUUUCGACGCGUUCUACGCGCUCUAUCAUAAAAUCUGUCCAAGAAACGACAUAGAAGAACUGUUCCAAUCCAUCACCCAGGGUAAGGCGAACACAAUCAAUCUCGAUCAACUGGUCAUGUUCCUGAAUGAGAAACAACGCGAUCCAACAUUGAACGAGAUCCUAUAUCCGUUGUACGACGAGAAAAGAGCAUUGGAAAUCAUAAAAGAUUACGAGCAAAAUGAGACAGCACGAAAUCAAAAAACGAUGACAAAGGAUGGUUUUAUAAGGUACCUGAUGUCCGACGAAAACGCGCCGGUUUUCUUGGACAGACUAGACGUCUACAUGGACAUGGACCAACCGUUGGCUCAUUAUUAUAUUAAUUCGAGUCAUAAUACGUAUUUGAGCGGCCGUCAGUUCGGUGGAAAGAGCAGCGUUGAGAUGUACAGACAAGUUUUGCUCGCCGGCUGCAGAUGCGUCGAGCUGGAUUGCUGGGACGGAAAAGGCGAGGACGAGGAGCCGAUAAUUACGCACGGAAAAGCAAUGUGCACCGACAUCCUGUUCAAGGAUGUGAUAUACGCAGUGAGAGACACGGCAUUCGUUACGUCGGAUUACCCGGUGAUCCUCAGCUUCGAGAACCACUGCAGCAAGAAACAGCAGUACAAAUUGGCAAAGUAUUGCGACGAAAUUCUCGGCGACCUGUUGCUGAAAGAGCCACUCAAGGAGUACCCUCUGGAGCCAGGGGUGCCGUUACCGCCACCCAGUAUGCUGAAGCGUAAAAUUCUUAUAAAAAACAAACGCCUGAAGCCCGAAGUGGAGAAACAAGAAUUGGAAUUAUUUAGGCAAGGUCAAUUCGUUAUUGAAGACGAAGUGAAGGAAGAUGCGAGUGCGCCUCCCGUUGUAGCAGCAGUCGUUGAACAACAAUCGGUAAAGGAAGAGGUUUCGACGACCGAGUCUGUCGCAUCUUCGACCACGGUUACUCAACAGCAAUCUGGUUCCAGCGCUGGUUUAGGAGAUACUUUAGAAUUGGCGGUGGUUCAACCGUACACCGGAAGCACUACGAACGUGCACCCAUGGUUGUCUUCCAUGGUCAACUAUGCUCAGCCAAUUAAAUUCCCUGGCUUCGACGUCGCCGAACAGAAAAAUAUUCAUCACAAUAUGUCUUCCUUUGCGGAAACCGCCGGCCUGAAUUGCCUGAAGACGCAAGCCAUCGAGUUCGUAAAUUAUAACAAGCGGCAAAUGAGCAGGAUCUAUCCGAAGGGUACUCGGGCGGAUUCAUCGAAUUACAUGCCACAGGUCUUCUGGAACGCCGGCUGUCAGAUGGUUUCGUUAAAUUUCCAAACGGCGGAUUUACCGAUGCAACUGAACCAAGGAAAAUUCGAGUACAAUGGCUCCUCUGGAUACCUUUUGAAGCCGGAUUUCAUGCGAAGGGCGGACAGAAGCUUCGAUCCCUUUGCCGAGAGCCCUGUGGACGGGGUAAUCGCGACUCAGUGCAGCGUUCAGGUAAUUGCGGGGCAAUUUCUAUCGGAUAAGAAAGUCGGGACGUACGUGGAGGUGGAGAUGUACGGUCUGCCUACCGACACUAUUCGCAAGGAAUUUCGAACGAGAGUAGUUCCAGCGAACGGCCUGAACCCCGUGUACAAUGAAGAACCCUUCCUCUUUCGAAAAGUCGUUCUGCCGGAUUUGGCAGCGUUGAGAUUCGCGGUUUACGACGAGUCGAAUGGUAAACUGUUAGGUCAGAGGAUCGUCCCUUUGGAUGGCCUGCAAUCGGGCUAUCGCCAUAUAUCUCUGCGUACCGAGGCGAACUUUCCCAUGUCCCUUCCCAUGCUGUUUUGCAAUAUCGAGAUCAAGAUCUACGUGCCGGAUGGCUACGAAGGACUUAUGGACGCGCUCACAGCACCACGGGCCUACAAGAAGCCGGAGAACACAGCGCAGAAUAAAAUGCGCGGGCUCGGUAUCGAAGAAAGCGACAGCAAAGGGAACUCUGAUUCUAUGUCUGCUCAUCGCGAAGUGGCCAAACCGCGUGAGGAGAUGAAAUUCGAUCCCAUAACGGUGGAAUCGUUGCGUCAGGAGAAGGGAUUUCAAAAGGUGCUAAGGAAGCAGCAAAAGGAAUUGGAGUCUCUGAAGAAGAGGCAUCAGAAAGAGAAACUUACCGUCCAGAAACAACACUGCGUUGCCAUUGAGAAGAUUAUCAAAGGGAAAAACAAAGCGGAACUGUCGAGGGAUCCAACCGUUCGUCGUGCGGUUUCCGAACAGACCGUUCAGUGGUCACGGUUAGCGGACAGGCAGCGACGGGAGGAGCGGGAUUUGAUGCGUUCUCACCUGGAGGAACGAAGGAACACGCUGCGGAAGUUGUGCGUGGCCGCACAGGUGGCUCAGCAGAAACAGCUGACGGCGCGGCACGAGCGGGAAAUCAAAGAGAUGAAUGCAAGGCAAGCGAGACUGUCGGUGGAGAGCAUGAGGGAGGUGAUGAACGAUAAAACGCUGAAGACUAGAGGGAUCAAAGAGGGUAGAUUGAGGGAGAAGCAGCAGAAUAACACGAAGAAAUUUAUGGAAGAGAGGAGAAUCGCGCAACUGAUUCAAAAUAGAGAGAAAGAGAAGCUGAAGGUGAUUCACGAGAAGCAACUGGAGGAAUUGCAAAAAGACAUGAACGCGAUAAUGGAUAUGUACAAAAACGAGGAGAUGGAGUACGAAUUGGGUCCUAAAACCGAGUUCUACGUGUGAUGGCCGACAGGAAGCGAUCGCGUUCGCCCCUUCCCGUGACCGUGAAAGUUUCCCCGGAAGAACUGAGGUGCUGCAUUCACAGAAUCCACUACUAUCGUUAAUUACAAUUGGAAUUGGGAUCAAGCCUCGUUAGCUAUCGUUCUCGAAACUGCCGGCACGUCCGCGCGUGUCGGCAACCAGAGAACCGGAAGCAACUGAGAAAACCGCGUUUACUCGUGUAUUCUAGUUCAUUCUCCUGGAUAUUUUUUUAUAAAAGAAGCGUCUUAUAACUCCAUACUGUCCGUCGUCGCACGAGCAAGUACCUAGACUAAAUAUAAGGGAGUCAAUAAAAAACUAAAGUGAUCUA